GAAUGUAGAAUCUAUGUUAGUGCAUGAACAGCAUUAUUUCCGAAGAACUGUCAGUGUCCCGUGUAUUACGCAUCACUAACAACUGUCGCGCAGGGGUGGCACGAAUGAAGUCUUAAAAACUUGGAAGGCAGGUUCAGCAAAAAUCAUCUUGUGAAUCUUCUGCAGCUUCAUAUUCCUUUGGAUUUCUGGCAUCAUGCGGAAUCUUAUUACUUUCUGCUUGCUUCUUCUGUCAUGCUGGUCGUCAGCCAAUUUGACCCCAUAUGAUAUUCAAAGAGCAAAAAGAUUGAGCUCUGGUCGAUUGAAGGGGCGCGCUGCUCCCGAGGCAUCUUUACACGAUCAACAAGAAUUGAUAUCCCGAGGAACAAGAUCACCGUAUUACACAAAUAAAACUUCCUCUUUUUGGGUAGAUGGAACUGCAAUUCCAGAUGUUGAUUUUGACAUUGGGGAGUCGUACGCCGGUCUACUUCCAAUAUCUUCGGAACCAGAUGAAAGCCGUAAAUUCUACUUUUGGUUCUUUCCUUCUGAAAAUCCGGCAGCGACAGACGAGAUUUUGAUCUGGCUGAACGGUGGACCUGGUUGCAGUUCCCUCGAAGGUCUCCUUCAGGAGAACGGGCCAUUCCAAUGGCAGUAUGGCACUUACAAACCAGUGCCAAACCCUUGGACUUGGGUCAACCUGACCAAUGUUGUGUGGAUAGACCAGCCCAUCGGAACCGGAUUCUCACAAGGAGAGAACAACAUCACAACUGAAGCAGAGAUGGCAAGCCAAUUUCUCGGCUUCUAUAGAAACUUCGCCCAGACAUUCGAUUUGACCGGAAAAAAUAUAUUCAUAGCAGGUGAAUCGUAUUCUGGACAGUAUGUCCCACACAUUGCGAGCGCCAUGCUCGACCAGAACGAUACUGAAACCUUCAAUCUCAAUUCGACCAUGAUACUCGACCCAUUGAUCAACAGCCCUGUCGUCUUGACUGAAGUCUUUGCCGCCAACUUCCUAAAUGACUGGCAGUCAACAUUUUCCUUGAACAAGACCACGGUGGCCCAGGUGCAGAAUAUGAGCAUCGAGUGUGGAUACCAGUCUUACAUAGAGGAUAAUCUUCUCUUCCCGCCAAAAGGGCCACUUCCACCUAUUCCAGAUGCCAGCGGUACGGACCCAAACUGUGCUGUUUGGGAAACUAUUGCAGAUGCAGUAGCCAUUGUCAAUCCAUGCUGGGACAUCUAUCACAUCACAAAUACCUGUCCCCAGCUCUGGGACGUUCUAGGCUGGCCAGGGACUUCAAGUUACCUUCCUCCAGGCGGCGGUUCGCUGUAUUUCGAUCGGGCUGAUGUCAAAACGGCUAUCCAUGCUCCAAUGAAUACAACCUGGACCGAAUGCACAGACGCAGUAAUCUACAACACAGAGACUGGAUGGUCAACAGACUCUCAAAAUAAUCUCUAUGCUCCUUUUACCGUCUUGCCUGGUGUAAUUGAGCGAAGCCAACGCACUAUCAUCGGUCAUGGUAAUAUGGAUUUUCUCCUACUCAGUCAAGCAUCGUUAUUGACGAUUCAAAACAUGACUUGGGCUGGCCAGCAAGGUUUUCAAUCGCCUGUUGACCAAGACUUCAUGGUUCCAGCCCAGAUGGCUUACCAAGACACAACGCUUGCCGGCAGCGGGGUGAUGGGCUCGACUAAAACAGAGAGGGGGCUCACGUUUGUUGAAGUGAGCCUUAGUGGACACAUGGUCCCUCAAUAUCAACCAGCCGCCGCCUUUCGAUUGGUAGAAUUCCUUCUUGGAAGGGUUUCGAGCAUCUCAGAAUCAGAGCCUUUUACUAACAGCUCUGAUGGCUUGGUGGCACAGCAGGACGCCCCCGACCCUUCAGACUAAGAGCGGGGUUAUUUUUACCGCUCUACGAAUUGCGGAGUUACACGAAAUCAAUUUACUUUGAGAGAUUUUGGGGGGAUUUUAAAUAGAAUCGGUUCUAAAACAAUGAGUAAAUAACAUCGUUGCUUGUUCCAAACAUCUAAGAAUGAGUGUUCAGUGAAGCUUUUACGGCCAACAGUGUAGAGUUCUUAGUCGACUACUCUUGACAGGCUCAGCCAAAGUCAGCGGUGUGAGUUUCCGUGAGCCAAUUGGGCCAUUCACAAGCUGUUACGACGUGGGAAAUACAGAUUAGAAGGAUACGAGUUGAGAAACUUUAGAGGCAGUGGUAGAAAAUUGAUAAUUGGAGA